UCUGUUAGGAGUGGCGAAGCCUACAUUAGUUGUACCGUGUUUGGCUUUGCUCUGUCCCUAAACUUUGAUUUUUACCAACAGAAAUUGAGCUCGACUUCGGCCGCCGAGCAAACAGCCAAAAUCCGAACAAACAAUCAACAAUUCGAGCACAAUUCAGCCCCAUCGACGACCUCUGCUCUGCCAAAUCAGUUUGAACUGAAAAUGGUGGCGAGUUUUACUCGUGUGGACACGCUCGAGCUGAAAGAUGUUAUCUAUCAAAAGAUUGGACACGAAAGAGCGGAUAAGUACUUUGAUCAGCUGAAGAGAUUUCUAAGUUUGAAGCUUAGCAAAGUCGAGUUUAACAGGAGCUGCGUGCAGACGAUUGGGAGGGAGAACGUCUGUCUUCACAACAGGCUUAUUCGGUCCAUUGCCCAAAAUGCGUGUCAAGCUAGGGUCCCACCUCAAAAGAACUGUCUCCAAUCAUUGUAUGGCGAUGCUUUUCCCCAGUCGCCUCGCAAAUGUAGGUCUCCUGUCAGCAGAGAUCGCAAGUUGAGGGAUCGCCCGAGCCCUCUGGGCCCGCUGGGUAGGAGCCCUAGUCUCACGUGUGAAGAGACAGUCACGAGGACUCAAGAACAGCAGAGUGGAACGGAGUUGCAAUCCCUCUGCAGCAGACCUCCAGUCAAUGUCGUCUCAGUGGAAGAUGGGGAGGAGGUUGAGCAGUGUGCUGAAAGCCCCAAUGGCGGGAGGUGGUGGAGCAAUGUCACUGCUCCUUUUGGCGUCUCAGUUGGUCCGCGUGAGGCUGCUGGUUGUAGCUAUAAGGAUGGUGAGGCUUGUGAAAAUCAGGGGGAGUUGCCUGAUACCGUGUCUUUAAGGAGACGUUUGCAGAAGAGGCUGGCAUCGGAGGGAGUCGGGAUCUCUCUGGAAUGCGCAGACGUGAUAAACAACAGCUUGAAUGUAUUCUUGAAGCGAAUAAUCGAGCCAUGUGUGUCGAUUGCUUCAAACAAGGCAGCUAUGUCUGAUAGAUCUAAGAAUGUGAGUAGUGUGCUGGAUUUCCGGGUUGCGAUGGAAUCAAACCCUCGUCUGCUCGGGCCGGAUUGGCCCGUCCAGCUUGAGAAGAUCUGCCACCACGCCUCCAAGGAGUGAAAACUCCAGUUUUGAAAAUGGUGGUUGCAGAGAAGAGUGAGGUUUGAUGAGGAUAGAAAGCUAAGUAUGUUUGUUACUGGCUUCAUAUACAGAUAGGUUCUAACAGCAUUGAUCAUUAGUCACUAGAGUUUGUAUAAUUUUUUGGAGUUGUUGCUUGUAAUUUGUAUAUAUAUUUUUGAUAAUGAAAAAAUCCUCCAUUUGCUGUUUCUCA